AAUCCAAGGCAACAGGUAUGGCUUCUUCAUUACAUUCUGCAUUUCAACUGAAUUGCUGUCUGCAAAAGUCUUCCUUGUCAGACAGAUUCUAUCAUUUCAAAACCACUCAUCUCUCCUCUUUUGUCAAGCCGCCAUUUCCCAGAGAGUUGCAGCUGCUUCGUCUGCAAAUUGAUCAUGUCUCCAAAACCUUCAAUAACACUUCUCUAAAACUAUUAGAUGCUUUCGUUGAUUCCUUUUUCGAGUUCGUCGAUCAGCCACUACUUCCAUCGCAGAGCAACUUCGCUCCGGUGGAUGAAUUGAAGGAAGCCAUUGUGGUUGACAGCAUUGAAGGGAAGAUUCCAUAUGAUUUCUCGGAAGGCGUCUAUGUAAGAAACGGACCAAAUCCUCUAUUCGGAGGGCUGAAAUCAGCCACCUCCAUGUUUGGGAAGUCGAGCCACAUCUGGGUAGAAGGAGAAGGAAUGCUUCAUGCUUUAUAUUUUGACAGAGCUACUGAUGGAAGCUGGACUGUUCUCUACAACAACAGACAUGUCGAAACUGAAACUUUCCAGCAAGAAAAACAAAGAAACAAACCAUCUUUUCUUCCUGCAAUUGAAGGCAAUUCAGCAGCAAUAUUAUCAGCUUACUUGCUAAAUCUGCUUCGGUUUGGGAAAGUUAACAAGUACAUUAGCAACACAAAUGUUUUUGAGCAUGCUGGGAAGUUCUACUCUGUUGCUGAAAAUCAUAUUCCUCAAGAAAUUGACAUCUUCACCCUUGAAACUUUAGACAAUUGGGAUGUCAAUGGAUCCUGGAAUCGACCUUUUACUAGCCACGCUAAGAGAGCUCCAGGUUCAGGGGAGCUGGUUGUGAUGGGGGUGGAUGCUAAGAAACCUUUCAUGGAAUUGGGUGUAAUUUCUGCUGAUGGAAAGAGAAUGGUUCAUAAAGUGGAUAUCAAAUUGGAAAGAUGCACCCUCUGCCACGACAUUGGAGUUACAGAGAGGUACAAUCUGAUCUUGGAUUUUCCAUUAACCUUGGACAUACACAGACUCCUUACAGGAGGCCCGUUAAUAAAGUAUAACAAGGAAGAUUAUGCAAGGAUUGGGAUAAUGCCUCGAUACGGUGAAGCAGACUCGAUGCGGUGGUUUGAGGUUGAACCAAAUUGCACGUUUCAUAUCCUCAACUGUUUCGAGGAUGGUAAUGAGGUGGUAGUGUGGGGAUGUAAAGCUCUUGAUUCAAUCAUUCCAGGACCUCAUCUGGGCUUGAAUAAGUCCGAGUGGUUUUCAAGAAGGUUUAGGCAUAGAGAAUCAGAUUCUAACACAGGUGAAGAUGGAUCAUUGUUUUCUCGCUGCCAUGAAUGGCGAUUAAACAUGGAAACUGGAAAUGUCAGAGAAAGAUAUCUUUCUGGAACCGAAUUCUCCAUAGAUUUUCCAAUGAUCAAUGGAGACUUCACUGGACUUAAGAACAAAUAUGGCUACACACAAGUUGUUGACUCUGAGGCCAGCUCUACUUCAGGCAUGGCAAAAUUUGGAGGUCUAGCGAAAAUAUACUUUGAAGAAACAGAAAGAGAUAACAAAUUUGGUGAACUGAUAAAGGUGGAAUAUCAUAUGUUGGAGAAGAACACCUUCUGCACCGGAGCUGCUUUUGUUCCUAAAAGACCAAGUCUUGAAGAAGAUGAUGGUUGGCUCAUCACUUUUGUUCAUAAUGAAGAUUCUAAUGUUUCUAAAGCUUAUAUAAUUGACACAAAGAAGUUUACCAGUGAACCAGUUGCCAGAAUCACACUGCCUUGCAGAGUUCCAUAUGGUUUUCAUGGAGCUUUCAUGCCAAUCCCAUUCUCAAACGUGAAAAACCCAUGAGAGAUUUACAAGUUUUCACGGAAAGCUGUGAAUACCCCCAUCCCUGAUCAAACAGAAUCACUGUAAAUUUCAUUUCUCAUGCACCUCUUCGUAAUGUUAAAGAAAUGCAAAUAAUAAAGCUCUGUUUAUUUACUGAGAUAUAACUUGUGUGGAAGGGCAACUCUUGCUAAAUAAAUUU